ACUUGAUACAAAAAGCAGAUGGUACUAUUACAAAGAAAAAGACCAAUGCAAAGAAAAUUAUGUCAGAAAUUAAAACAUUUCUCAUUUUGCAUUUAAAAUCAAAAUAUAAACGAAUGGCUUAGAAAAUAAAUUUUUCUUGAAAAAAACUUCAGCUAGAAUUUUUUUAAAACUAAAAAUGAUAUAGUUCAGUAUUAUUAAAUAUUAUUACUUUUGUUAACUUUACUGAAAUAGUUUAAGAAAUUGUUCACAAUAAUGUCGACUACAAAAAAAAACAACGCCUUGGUUGCGGAAGGAAAAAAUAAUACAAAUCGUAAUUUUAAGUUCGAAGAAAAUCGAUGUUUUAAGUUUCCUAAAGCUAGAGAGAAACUUAAAAAAAUUAGAAAAGAAAUUUACAGAAAAACUGAAGAAAAAAGAACCAAGAAUGAUCAUAGUUCGUUGUUUAUAUUGGGCUCAAAGAAUAUAGUUCGUUUAUUAGCAGCAAAGAUCACCAAGUCAAAGAUAUUUGAAUAUUUCAUAUUGCUUUCCAUUAUGUUUACAUGUGUCAUAAUGGCACUUGAUGUACCUCUGGCAAAUCAUGACAAAUCAGAAAUGAAUAUAAUUGCCGAAAAAAUUGAAAUCUACCUUCUUGCAAUUUUUGGCACAGAAGCUCUUCUUAAAAUUAUUGCUAAUGGUUUUAUAUUGCACCCACAUUCUUAUCUUAGAAGUUUGUGGAAUGUUAUUGAUUUUGUUGUCAUAGUUAUAAGUAUUGUUACAUUACCUGGAAAUGGUUUGGCUCAAGUAAAUGUAAAAUCGCUGCGUGCAAUUAGAGUAUUACGUCCACUUAAACUUAUUACUGGAAUUCCAAGUUUGCAUGUUGUUAUGACAUCAAUCAUGAGAGCACUUAUUCCUUUGUUACAAGUGUUAUUCCUUCUAAGUUUUGUGAUUAGUAUAUAUGCUAUCAUAGGUUUAGAAUUUAUGGUUGAGAGAUUUCAUUACAGCUGUAAAAAUAAAACAACUGGAGAAUUUGUUGAUAUUAAAAAAGCUUGUGAUCAUCUAAUAAAUGGCUCUUUCUUUGUUCAUGGUCAUAAAUGCAGAGAAGGCGAAAUAUGCUCAAGAUAUGUGCCUGGCGUAAAUUAUGGAAUUACAUCAUUUGAUAAUAUUUUUCUCUCAGUACUUACUGUUUUUCAAUGUGUAACCACUGAAGGCUGGUCGGAUAUUAUGUAUCAUACACAUGAUGUGAUGGAUCAAAACGGAUAUAUUUGGUCAACAUACUAUACAACAUUGAUUUUGUUGGGUUCGUUUUUUAUGCUAAACCUUGUUCUUGGUGUGCUUAGCGGAGAGUUUGCAAAAGAAAGAUUAAAAGUUGAAAACAGACGAGCAUUUAUUAACCUGCGACAAGACAAGCAGUUAGAACGGUCUUCUGAUUUUUAUUUGAAAUGGAUUUCAAAAGGAGAAGAACUGUUGAUCACUGAUGAAAAAGCAUAUUCUAAGAAAAUCUCUGAAAGCAUAAAUAAUGUUGUUUCUAACAAAAAUACUGCAGUAAAUUCAGCAAUAUUAUUUAGUUCAAAUGAAAAUAUGUUAAAAAAUAACCAAAUGUACAAUCUUCAUACAUUUCAACUUACUAUAAAACAUUUACGUUUGAAAGUUCGAAAUAUUAUAAAGAAUGAGAUUUUUUUUUGGUUUGUUAUUGCUGUUGUUUUUGUUAAUACUGGUGUCAUGGCAACAUACCAUUAUAAAGAACCAAAAUGGCUCGAUGAUACACAUAAAAUAGCUGAAAAGGUUUUUAUCAGUAUUUUUAUUGUUGAGUUACUUAUGAAAGUCUUUGCAUUAACAUUUCAUGGAUAUUGUCAAUCUUCACUCAACGUCUUUGAAUUAAUUGUUAUUAUUUUGAGCAUAUUUGAAGCUUUCACACCAUUAGUUGCUGGUCUUAGAGUUCUAAGAUGUUUAAGGUUGCUUCGAGUUUUCAAAGUUACAAGAUAUUGGUCAACAUUGCGUAAUCUUGUUGCUUCAUUAAUGAAUGCAAUGAAUUCUAUUCUCAGCCUUUUGUUUCUUCUCCUUCUCUACAUGCUUAUUACUGCUCUACUGGGAAUGCAGUUAUUCUCUGGAAAGUUUUCCAAACAGAAUGAGUAUCCGCGCACAAAUUUUGAUAGUUUUCCUGACUCUUUAUUAGCUGUGUUCCAGGUAGUAACUGGAGAAGAUUGGAACACUGUUAUGUAUAGUGGCAUGAUAGCAUAUGGAGCUCCUGAUUCUGCUGCAGGAAUUUUAGUGUCGCUAUAUUUUUUAUUUUUAGUAAUUUUUGGUAACUACACUCUGCUCAAUGUAUUCUUGGCUAUUGCUGUGGAUAAUCUUACUAAUGCUGAAAUUCUUACACAAGAUGAAGAAAGAGAAGAAGUAAAGAGAAAAAAUAACAAUGUGAUUACUAAUAAUAAUUUAGAUUUGCCUGAAACACAUUCAACUAAUUUCUUGUGCAAAAAUUCUAAUGAAAACUCUACUGCUGCAGUAUUGGAUAAAUUAAUGCAAGACAAAGAUAUUCAGUUUUGCAAUGAAGAAGCAAAUAGUGCUGAGGAUGCAGAAAAAUUAUCCUUGUCUUCAGAAGACAAUGUUGUUUCUAAUUUGCCUGUAAUUGGGUUUUCCAAAAUUCGAAUGGGUGCUAGAGAUUCAGAUGUCGAAUCAUUGGACAAGUAUAAGAGUUCAGUUCAAAAAAAGUGGUUGAAAAUAGUUGAUUACAGUCCCACUCCAAAUAUAUUUUUGAAUGUUAAUGCAGAAAUUUUAAAUAAAUCUAAAUUAGAUGAUAGUUCAGUUAAAAAAAACCCAGUUGAUCAAAAGAAAUUAUCAGAUCAAAUUAUCAGAAAUAUAGAGCAAAAGAAUUCAUUAAGAAAACGUUAUAUUGGAAAUUCUAUAAAGAAUAAUAACACACUAAAAUCAAGUCUAAAACAAUAUAUGCCAUUGAGAAAAAAAUCAUUAGAAGAAGAUUUUGAAACACAAAUGAAACAUCAAGGGUUUCUUAACAUGUUAAAAGUUAAUCUGGCACAGCGCAAACGCAUUAACAGAAGUAUUCCUGUGUUAAAUGUUUCUUCCCUUUUUAUUUUCUCACCAACUAACAGAUUUCGCUUGUUUUGUCAUAAGAUUGUUAAUCUACGUUAUUUCGAUCAUUUCAUGAUUGCAGUAAUAAUUUUAAGUUCAGCAGCUCUUGCAGUUGAAGAUCCUAUCGAUCGUUAUAAUGAAAUUAACUCCGUGCUUGUUUAUUGUGAUUAUGUUUUUACUAUUAUAUUUGGACUCGAGAUUUUUCUCAAGAUAAUUGACACAGGAGUGAUUUUACACAAAGGAGCAUUCCUACGAAACUCAUGGAACAAACUUGAUACAUUUGUUUUUAUCUGUAGUUUACUUGCAUUAAUUAUAGAUUCAGAAUCAUCAUUUCUUAAAAUUCUUCAUGUGUUGCGAGUUCUUCGACCAAUCAAAGCUAUUCAAAAAGUCAAGAAACUUAAACUAGUUUUUCAAUGUAUGGUUUACUCAUUAAAAAAUGUUGCAUUUGUUUUGAUUAUUACAUUUUUGAUGUUGUUCAUCUUUGCUUGUAUUGGAGUGCAGCUUUUUCAGGGGAGAUUUUAUUAUUGCAGUGAUGAAAGCAGAAGAACAAUAAGUGAAUGCAAAGGUCAAUAUUAUAUAUUUGAAUCAAAAGAAAGUAUAAAUAAAGUUCAACCACAAAUAAAUGAUCGUAUUUGGCGGAGAUAUGAUUCUAAUUUUGAUAAUGUCUUUGAUGCUAUUUUAACACUUUAUAUAUCUUCAACAGAAGAUAAUUGGCCAACCCUAAUGCAAAAUGGUAUGGAUGUUACUGGAGUGGAUCUUGGUCCUUUAACGAAAAAUAGUUCCUAUAUGGCUAUGUAUUUUGUAAUGUUUGUCGUGAUUUUUACAUUUAUGAUCAUCAAUAUAUAUAUUGCACUUAUAAUUCUGACAUUUCAAAAACAAGGUGAAAAGCAGAUUCAUGGAGAACUUGAUAGAAAUCAAAGAGAUUGUCUUGACCAUGUCCUUAAUGCCAAACCUCGUGAGCGUUUUAUGCCAAAAAAUAAAUCAUCGAUAUCAUUUCGAGUGUGGCUUAUUGUGGAUUCAAUUCUCUUUGAUUAUUUUAUAAUGUUACUAAUAGUUUUGAAUUGUAUACAACUCAUGAUGAAGUAUAAUGGCAUGUCUCAAGAAUAUCGCAACAUGUUGCUUUCUUUAAAUAUUGGAUUUACAAUGCUUUAUUUUAUGGAAGCUUUUCUAAAGAUCAUUGCGUACAGAUUGAAUUACUUCAAAGAUUUAUGGAACUUAUUUGAUUUGGCUGUGAUUUUAGGAGGGCUUUUAGAUAUUAUCUUAACUUUAAAAAACUCGAAGUUUUUAGAUCCAAGUAUGUUUCGUUUAUUCAGAGCAGCAAGAGUGAUGAAACUUCUUCGAAAAGGAACCAACAUUCGGAUCAUGCUGUGGACGUUUCUUCAAUCUUUUAAAGCUUUGCCCUAUGUAACUGGCUUAAUUCUACUUAUGUCAUAUGUUUAUGCUGUAAUCGGGAUGCAGCUUUUUGGCAAUAUUGCUUUAGAUGGUAAUGUUUUUCAUGAUAAGAAUAACUUUCGCAAUGUUUAUCGAGCAUUACUUCUAUUAUUUAGGUGUUCUACUGGUGACAAUUGGAGUGCUAUUAUGUAUGCAUGUUAUGCUUCAGCUAAGUGUGAUGAUAUUUAUACAUUAAAAACUAAAAAUAUUGCAUGUGGUCAUACUGGUUUGGCUAUAUUGUAUUUUACAUCAUACAUAUUUUUCUGUAUGUUUCUUCUCUUAAAUCUGUUUGUCGCAGUAAUCAUGGAUAACUUUGAGUAUUUAACGCGUGAUACCUCCAUACUUGGGCCACAUCACAUAGAUGAGUUUAUUAGAUGCUGGUCUGAAUUUGAUCCACAAGCAUCAGGAACAAUCUCUCAUGAUAAACUUUAUGGAAUGAUGUGUUAUUUAUCUCCCCCAAUUGGUUUUGGACACAAAUGUCCUAAAGUUGUUGCUUACAAGCGACUCAUUCGCAUGAAUAUGCCUGUUAAUCCUGAUGGAACUGUGUCGUUUUAUACUACCUUACUUUCUCUUGUUCGUCUUAGUUUGGACAUUUGUACUAAAGGAGACAGCUUUGAAUCUGAUAAAGAACUAAAAACAACAAUUAAAUUUUUAUGGCCGAAAAUUAAAAAUCUUCAAAAGUUUUUUCCUAACUCAACAGAUGAACAUCAAAUGACAGUUGGCAAAAUAUUCUGUAUAAAGCUGCUUGUCAUGAAAUUUAGAAAGUCUCGGGAAAAAAAUACUGAAGAAUCCUCAGAUUCAGAACCAAGCUCUUCACAUAAUGUAAUACAUCGACUUCAAUCACUGAUUCCUGGAUUCAAAAGCCAAAAAUCUUCACAUUCCAAUCAAAUCACAGAACUUCCAAAUUAUACAAAUGAUCCUUCUGAAAACUUAACUAAGUACUUUGAUUUCAUUUCUUUUCAUCGUCAAACAAAGCUAGAAAGAAAAAGUAGAAUUUUAAAUGAAGAACCAAGUAAAAGAAGUUUAUCAUGGAAUAAUGUUGCUCCUCAUUCACUUUUUUAUGAGAAUAAAGAAAAAAAGAAAAAUAUCAAUUUAAAUUCGUUUACAUCAAUGUUAAUUCGUCCAUCCAAAAGUUCUUAUGUUUUUCUGGAAUCAAACGAAAUAAACGUUUUACCUGAGUUAAAUGUGAUAGAUGUUUACCCUGGAUUAAAAGCAAUUGAUGCAUCUCAUGAAUCAAAAGUUCGAUCAUUUGAUACUGAAAAUUUUUUGUUCAACGAGAAUGUAUCUGAUUUUAAAUCAAACAAAAUUCGAGAACCAGAUGAGAAGGAUUCUCUUAGUAUUCAAAUUCGUUUCAAUAAUUCGAACACAUUAUAUCAAAAUUCAAAUUGUAAAAGUAUAAAAUUUUCUUCUGCUCCUUCUCUUAGCAAUACGUUUCAAGCAGGUGAUAAAAAUUAUAUUCAGAAACCUUAUUUUGAUAAAAGUAUUCCAUUAAUUUCUCCUUUAUUGUUAUCCCCUAAUUACUCCGAGGCAUCAUAUAAGACUUCUGCCCAAAACUCUUUGCACAUAAAUUAUAAUGGUAAUAAAGAGCCAGAUCCAGUAUUUAAAUAUCAGUUAAAUGGAAAAAAUGGUAUGAACCAUGAAGUCUCUGAGAGAGCUAGAAGUAUUUCGGAAACUCAAACAAUGGAAACUAAAGACUCGAAUUACAUUAGGUAUAGCUACGGUAGUUUACGAGAUAAACGAGAAAGUUCUAAAAGUUUUAGAUUCAGCUCAUAAAAAAGUUUUUAUAUUAAUACGCAUCAUCCGUACCUAAAUUGCAAACUCUGGAAGUUCAAAUCUUCCGAAAAAAUGGCGCGAAAAUACGCAUAAUUUACUUAUACUUGUCAAACAUUUUGAUACAUUAUUAAUCAAAAAAGUAUUAGAACUAUAUAUUUUUACAAAUGAAGUACACGCAUCAUUUGUACAAAUAAUGUACACACGUCAAGCGACAUGAUGGAGUUUUGUUAUCUAAGAUGUUAGUUACUUUUUUAAUUUUAGAAACAAAUGGUUUCCAUGGUUAACCGAUUCUAUAUCCAUCAAAUUUUUAAAGAAAAUUAUUGUUUUCAUAAACACAAAGAUUUAAAUCAAUAAAUUUAUUGUAAAACGUUAAAAUUUUCAUCGAAUACAAGUGAAAUACAAGAGUGUAAAAAUAUAGAUUUAUCAUUUAUUUAUUUUUUGUUUA